AUGGGACCGGUGCCCUGUUUCGGCCUGUGCCUCCUGGGCUGCCUGCUCUUUAACCCCACAGUGGAAGGUGCCAGGAAUGCAUCUUUAGCUCUCCCUCGCUCUCCAUGUCCUCCUGGUGCCCUUCGCUACAAGAACUUGUGCUAUGAAUUUCUUGAUGACUCUGUGGGAUGGCAAGAAGCAGAGCUGGAAUGUGAGUACUGGAGGAAGGACGGCCACCUGGCUUCCAUUCUCUCGGCAACGGAGGAAAGGAGGAUUUCCAGCUACAUCAAGCGCGUGAGCUCUACCUGUUGCGUCUGGCUCGGUCUUCAAGCCACACGCACGCCCAUCGCCAACCCCACGAGGCUGACCUGGGAAUGGAGCGACAAGUCCCCUUAUAAAUCUGGAUCCAUCCUCUGGGAUGGUAGGGCUCCCAGCACCGCCAUCUCCAACUCCGAAUGCGUUGCCCUUAUCAAUGUUCAUUCUCCAUCAAGUACUUCCAGGUGGGCACAGUACUCUUGCAACAGCCUUUUCCCAUACAUUUGCAAGUACAGAGCCUCAGUCUAG